AUGGGACUGCGAGGAUCUAAACAACCAGAGGCCCAAGUCCUCCUCCUGGGCCUGGACAACGCCGGAAAAUCGACCCUCCUCUACAAGAUGAAAUACAACGCGUGUGUGAGCACCGUGCCCACGGUGGGCUUCAACGUGGAAAUGCUGGAGUCGAGAAAGAACAGGAGGAGCAUCGCCGUGACCGUGUGGGACAUCGGCGGUCAGAGGAGGAUGCGGGAGCACUGGAAGGGUUUCCACCAGGACGCAGCGACCGUCGCGUUCGUUGUGGACAGCUCGGACACGGAGCGUAUGGAGGAGGCGCGACGGGAGCUGGAGAACACGCUGAGGAGCGAGCAGCUGCGCGGCAGCCCGGUGAUCCUGCUCGCCAACAAACAGGACGUGGACGGCGCUCUGACGGCCACUGAAAUCCAGGACAGGUUUAACCUGAGGAAGAUGUGCGCAGCUCGGGAUUGGUUCGUCCAGCCUUGCUCCGCGUCGACGGGAUUUGGCGUUCAAGAGGCCUUCGGACGAGUGGUUCAGAUGGUCAAACUCCCAUCAGACACUGGGGCGAUCAAAGACAAUAUCAAGGACAAAGUGCACCACAUCAAAACCACUCGCAGACAUUAA